AUGUUGGGGUCCCUUUCUUUCUGGAAACUACCAGGUUGUGAUGAGGAUUGGGCCAGGAUCACUGUAGACUGCUUCUCGCGGAAGCUGCGUGCUUCCGUAAAGGUACAGGAAUUCGACAAUGGCCCUAACUUUGCGGAGCACCGCAUCCAAGUGGAGUCUGCCCAGGACCUGUUGCCGCGGAUAGAGGCGACGCGCUCCUUGUACUUAAAAAGUGCCGGGCUGCGCGAUCAAGUUGGUGACUGCGAUGUUGACACGGCUGAAGCCCGCGCCAAUGUUGCUCGCUGGCUGCAGGGGAAGUUACAAUCCCAGUUUGGGUUCCCUGUUGAGGUGACGACAGACAGUGCUUCACAUCAUGGCAAGAUUUUGGCACGGUAUGCAGGGACGGAUGAACCUUCGCGGAACUGGCAGAGGAAUUACACGACUUUUCACAUAGACCACAAGCAAAACACUGCUGGCUUGGAAGACGGCGUGCAGGUCAAUGUGUGGCUGAACCUUGCUGAUGAGCCAAUCUCCGACUUUGCCCUGGGAUUUUUAGAGCUUGGUGGCUCUAUGGUUGCAGGGAAGGACCUUCCCUCCAUGACGCAGAAGGAGGUGGAAAAUCUAACUGUACGCUACAGAGCUGGACUGACCAAAGACCAAGCGCUGAUCUUUCAGUCAACUGGUGCUUACUCCGUGGUGCAUGGGAGUUUUCGCUUCGAAGAUGCCAGAAAACUGACAAGUCUACCGAGAUACUCUUUGGAGUUCAGGCUCCUACUUCGAAAGCUGCAGCCCGGGCCUGGACUCUGCGAUUCCAUUCCAUCCACAACACGGGCCAGAUGA